UUCAACACUUACUCUAUUUUCUCUCUCUAACUAACUUUCUCUCUCUACUUUAACUCAAAAAAAAAAACACAAACUUUAAAAACCUUUCAUCUGCAAGACAGAAUCUUUUUCCGGCGACUAAACGUCAGUUACAACCGCCGCUGAUUGGGUACUUAUAAAACACUCAUUUGAUUUCUGGGUAUUACAAAAGGUCAGGUGGAAGCCUUAAAGAUGAGGAGAGUGUACAGGUUUGUGUGAUGGGAAAGGUGGUGGUGGGAGUGGCGGUGGGGGUGGCGGUGGCGGCGUGUGCGGUGGCGGGGGUGGUGGUGGGGAGGAGAGUGAGGAGUAGGAGGAAGUGGAGGAGAGUUGUGGGAGUGCUGAGUGAGUUAGAAGAGUCAUGUGAGACAACAAUUGGGAGGUUGAGGCAAGUGGUUGAUGCUAUGGCUGUUGAGAUGCAUGCUGGUUUGGCUUCUGAAGGAGGGUCUAAGCUUAAAAUGUUGCUGACUUUUGUUGACCAUUUGCCUACUGGGAGUGAGAUAGGAACAUAUUAUGCACUAGAUCUUGGGGGUACUAAUUUUAGGGUCUUACGGCUUCAGCUAGGAGGUGAAAGGUCAUUGAUAUUGUCAAAAGAUGUGGAAAGUCAACCUGUUCCUCAGCACUUGAUGACAAGCCCUAGCGAGGACCUCUUUGACUAUAUUGCGUCAACGUUAAAGCAGUUCACUGAAAAAGAAGAAAAUGUUUCCGAGUUUUCUGCCCUUAGAAGAAGAGAACUUGGAUUUACAUUUUCUUUCCCGGUGAAACAAAUGUCCAUCCGUUCAGGGAUCCUUAUCAAGUGGACAAAAGGAUAUCAUGUUGAAGACAUGGUUGGAAGAGAGGUAGUUGAACGUUUACAAGCAGGACUGACCAGGAACGGUUUAGAUAUGCAGGUUGCAGUAUUGGUAAAUGAUACUGUGGGAACAUUAGCUCUUGGUCAUUAUCAUGAUGCUGACACUGUUGCUGCAGUAAUAAUUGGGACUGGUACUAAUGCUUGCUAUCUAGAACGAGCGGAUGCUAUUAUUAAGUGUCAAGGUCUGGUUACAGCUUCUGGAGUCAUGGCUGUCAACAUGGAAUGGGGAAAUUUUUGGUCAUCCCAUUUGCCAAGAACAACAUAUGAUAUUGAUUUGGACGCUGAAAGCCCUAAUCCAUAUGAUCAGGGUUUUGAGAAAAUGAUAUCAGGAAUGUAUCUCGGUGACAUUGUUAGGAGAGUGAUUCUUAGAAUGGCACAAGAGUCGGAUAUAUUUGGACCUCCGUCUUCCAGAUUGUCGACACCCUUUAUUUUGAAAACGCCUCUAAUGGCUAAAAUGCACGACGAUGACUCUCCUGAUCUGAAGGAAGUAGCUGACAUCUUGAAAGAAACUUUCGGGAUCUCAGAAGCUCCUUUGAAGGUCAGAAAGCUUGUUGUCAGAAUAUGUGAUGUGGUGACGAGGAGGGCUGCCCGUCUGGCAGCCGCUGGCAUUGUGGGAAUCUUAAAGAAGAUCGGGCGCGAUGGUACAGGAGGCAUCACCAGCGGACGAGGAGGAAGAAGUGACAUAAAAAUGAGAAGAACGGUGGUGGCGAUCGAAGGUGGUUUGUACACAAGCUAUACAAUGUUCAGAGAGUACUUGCAUGAAGCCUUCAAUGAAUUACUUGGGGAAGAAGUCGCCCAACAUGUGAUUCUGAAGGCCACAGAAGAUGGAUCAGGCAUCGGAGCAGCUCUUCUUGCCGCUUCAUAUUCUUCCUACACUGUGGAUAGGGUACAUCAGCCGUAAAAUAUAAAUUAUAUAUUUUUUAUAAAUAUAUAUACAUAUAGCCCCCUGUAAAUGUAGAUUUUCUUUUGUUUUUCAAUAUAUUAAAAGGGUUGUUUCUAAAAAUAUCAUGUUUCCAUAUUGGUCCCCAUUCUUUAUUUUUUCCA